GUGAGCUGGACGAGAGCGCCACCUUGCGCUGCCGUCUGGAAACCUCUGACCGUUGGUACGUCAUCUCCUGGUCCAGACUCCAUGACAACGGCACAGAAACGGUGAUCGUCAGACUCCCUUCAGGACAAAUGGUGCCUGAUUGGAACCCGGAUGUCAGAUCGGUGCGGGAAAGGUUCCAGCCCUCAUCACGGUGCAGGCGGGGCUGGUGGAGUUCAACCUCGUGGUUGCGCCCUCACCUGUGCCGACAUGGGGACAUACCGGUGUCGUGGAGUCUUCGGUGCUACUGAGGACUCCUCGGAGUACACAGACCUUCAGUUGCGACAGCCUCCAGGGACUCCCCGAGUGACGUAUGAUCACGAAACUCCCGGACACAGGAGAGCCACCUGGCGGCUGAGCUGUCACGCGGAUGCCGGCCUCCCGCCGCAGGAGUUCCAGUGGUACGUGAAAGCACCAGACAUGCGUCACUUCCAGAUCGCCGAGGGCCAGGCGGAAGUCGAGUACUUCACCAAUGACGGCUGCAGGGUGAUGUCACGGCGGGCGUUGCUGGUGUCGUUGGCUACUGAGGACCGCGGCACAAUGUACCGGUGCGCCUUGCCCGACCAUGUGGACGAUGACAGAUAUUACGAUGAGGUCACAGUGGAACAGCUUCCAGCUGUGUCAAUCAAAGAAGCGACAGGAGAUCUCAACUGUGUGGACGAUAAUUGUUUGAUGCAAGCGGAAACCAAGUCUCAGAAAAACUCAAGUCAACGCAAGUGCAUUUCAACUUCGACAAUUGGAUUAUUCGCUGUCGUCAGCUACCUAACCGGAUACAGCUUAUCCCUCGUCAACAUAAAGGAAUGAUGUCGCCUAGCAACAACUAUUUCGGAGGAACAGCAAGGCGACUUUCUUGGCAUCCCCCGGCUCCCCCAUCAGUGAAAAUUUGUCCUGCUGGCAGCUGACAUGGGGUUAUCCUACGAUGAAGAUUUAGUGAACAUAAUCACAUCAUUAUUAUUGGGUUUGGUAAUAGAAGUUAGCUUGAAAGAUUUCUCAGGAAACUGUUCCUCAACAUCACCCAAACCUCAUAUAAAUAUACACUAAAACCAAGAAAAUAUUCCCUAUAGUCUUUUAGUCAAAAUAUAUACAAGAUUAAUUUUUCCCAGUUUAUUAGUUGCCCCCAGCUCUUUUUUUUUUGGUUUAGGUUUGCCUCAUUCUUUUAGCUUUUCCUAUCUUUAUGACAUCAGUUACUACCCAUAAUUCCUUGCUGACGUGUAGAAA